AGGAGGCUUUUGAGAAGCUUCACCAGUUUCUGAGAGAUGAAGAGAAGGCCAGACUAGGUGAGCUUCGGAAGGAAGAGCAGCAGAAGAGAGAUACUAUGACCACAGAAAUGAAGAUCAUUCACGACCAAAUCUCAUCUCUUACAACGGGUAUCACUACUUUGGAACAAGACUUAAAGAAGCAGGAUUUGCGCUUUCUGAAGAGCUACAAAAACAUCCAAAUGAGUUGUAUAGCCCAGCUGCAGUGCACACCACAAGAUCCUAAAAUAUUAUCGGGAGUGCUCAUAGAUGUGGCCAAACACCUGGGUAACCUCAAGUUCAGUCUGGGAGAAGAUGCUGGUGAUUGCUAACCACACUCCUGUGAUUAUGGACCCCAACACUGCUCCCAGCUUUCUCACUUUGUCUGAUGAUCUGACCAGUGUGCGAAACUCAGGCACGCAGCAGAUGCUGCCAGAUAAUCCAGAGCGAUGCACAUUUAACGCAAAKAUUUUGGGUUCUGAAGGGUUCAACUCAGGAAACCACAGCUGGGAGGUGGAGGUGGGGAACCACCCCAGCUGGAAUUUGGGUGUGGCUAAAGAUUCAAUCAACAGAAAAGAUAGGACAUUCGCAAAUCCUAAAUAUGGAAUCUGGGCUAUAGGUUUAGAAAACAGUGAGUAUACAGAUCCAGAGGCUAGGCUUCUUGCUCUGAAGAGGAGACCCCAAAGGGUUAUGGUGCAACUAGACUACAGUGGAGGGGAAUUGUCCUUCUAUGACCCCCGUGACAUGUCAAAAAUCUACACUCACAAAGACACAUUUAAUGAGAGACUCUUCCCAUACUUCUCUAUUGGAAAAUGUAAAGAUGCCAGUGAACCUGGAUUCAUCCAGAUCUGCCCCUCAAAGGUGUCUCUAAAAGUGAUGUUAUCGUAAAUUUAACAAGGAAUGUUUCAUAGAUAAAAGUAUCAUAGAAAGCCUUUCUAGUGGGAUAUGGUAUGUCAUUCCUCGUAGAGACUGAAUAGAAAUGUUCAUGAAAGGUAGUAUUUCAUAUUUAGUAGAAAUUCAACAAAUACAUAAUUUAGAGUCAGUGAGGAAUAUAUCAUGAACAUGUGGAUAUUCAAAUAUACAGAGUUGGUGUCAUAUUAGUAUGCUAAUUCAACUUUAAUGACAAUCUAAUCUACUUUAAUGACAAUCAAAGGGCAUGUUAUGAAACCCUUAUAUCAAUUAUUAAAAUGUAAUAUUUAAAUUGCUGCGGGUAAUGAUUGACUCUUCUACCCAGCUCGGCUUUUAGCUGUAAAGCUUUUGACACGUAGCGGUAAAGUUAUUGUAACCUUUUCUUGAUCCAAUUCUUCCUUGUGUUCUCAGAAAGGAGGAUGUAUACGUAAGGCAAUCGUAACACAUUUAUGAAAGCAAUCAUAAUAAAGCUUUGUGUUGAAAUAAUCUGACUUGAGUUAUUGUAGUACCGGAUUCUAACACCAGAGGAGGCCUGUCUACCAUUGGAAGAAGUUUGUCCUAUUCUCUGGCCUACUAUCCGAGUGUUAGUCUGCUACUGGCUAUCCGUAAAUGUAAAAAAACAAGAAAAUGGUGCCG